UCCCCAGUGAUCCCAGGCCUCCAUUCUGACUCUUCCCGCAAGAGAGAUGGCACCAGCCAGAGCGACAUUCUGCCCUCUGCUGCUGCUCCUGCUGCUGGGGCUGUGGGUGGCUAAGGUCCCAGUCAGCGCCAAACCCAAACAUAUGACCUCAGCUCAAUGGUUUGACACCCAGCACGUGCAGCCCAACCCCCAGGAAUGCAAAAGAGCAAUGGGCAACAUCAACAAGUACACAAAACACUGCAAGAGCCUCAACACCUUCCUGCAUGAAUCCUUCUCCAGUGUGGCUGCCACCUGCCAGACCCCUACCACAGCCUGCAAGAAUGGACAUAAAAAUUGCCACCAGAGCAAAGGGCCUGUGUCUUUGACCAACUGUGAGCUCACCUCAGGGAAGUACCCAGACUGCAGGUACAAAGAGAAGAAACUGCAUGCUUCUUACAUUAUAGCCUGUGACCCUCCCCAGCAAGGGGACUCUGAAAAAUUCCACCUGGUUCCUGUGCACUUGGAUAAAGUCUUCUAGGUUUCCAGCCUUCUUCACUCUUGGCCUGGGGUUUAAUUUCCUCUCCAGACCUCUGCGUGCUCCUCCUCCCAUGCCCAGAAGGUUCUCUUCCCUUCAUUUCUUGGAGCCCUUCCUAGCUCAGGUGUUUU